AGAAGAGAAAGGUGGGAGUUUCGACCCUCGAAUUACAAGUUUUACCGUGGAAUUGUGGGGACACGAGGCGAGUUUACUCUGUAGGCUCUUAAAAUUGUGAUUUUUGCGCCAGGAUCAACGUGUUUGGUAUUUUACAACAAAGGCUUGUGGGGUGAAAGUGGGGUGCAACAAAUUUCCGCACGGGCACGGCGGUGGUGGAGCAGGAAAAGCGGACCGCCGUUUUCCCGUUCGCGUCGUGUGGUGUUAUGGUGUGUGUUUGUGCGUCCAGUGAGUCUCGUUGAUUCAUGAAGUUUUGGAGUUUAGGAGUUUGGAAAACCUUCCUGUUUCUCGACUAUUCUUGACGCAAUUUUGUGGUCGGCGGUCAGCAAUCGAUAGUCAUCAACAGCUGGCCAUCCUCUAUCAAAACGCGGUGAAGCGAGUUUUUGGGAAGUGCUGAGACCUCUUCGUCCCUGACCUCGUCGAAUGUGGCAAAUGUUGCCAACCGGACCACGGAGACUACUCUCGAUCCUUAACGGAUCAAUCGACGUAUGAGUGCAGUCCGCCCAAUCUGACUAGUUCCACCGAAGUUAGUGAAGCAGAGCAAACCUUGCGACAAAAUGCUGCUCACAGCGUAACUUGCCGCUGGGCCGGUCGGGGCUACACGUAACAAUUGGAACAAUUCAUCGGAGUCCAUUCGAGUUGGGAAGGAUUCCAAAUCGGCAACAAGAAAGAGAAGUAGCGCAAACCACCUGCGGACGGAAGCUCCGCUGCGCAUACCACUGUUCUCUCCUGGCUCGGCCGUAUCAUGUCGGAAGGAUUUGGCACAGGCCAUCAGGAAGCAGCAGCAGCAGCGGCAGCGGCGGCCGCAGCAGGACAGCUAGGGGAGGACACUAUUUUGAUGCACGGUGACGGAGAUUCACACGGAGAUUAUCAGUGGGCGUACGGUACGAUAAUGGACUCAUCGCGCGUUUCGACCUGUCUCAUCUCGAUGCUGCUGAUCGUAUACGGGAGCUUCCGUAGUCUGAACAUGGAGCAGGAGCAGCGCGAAAAGGAAAAGAAACGACAGAGUGAAAGUAUGAACAACCUGCUGACCGGAGAACCGGUGCAACCAGAGCAAAACAAAUUUGCAACAUUGGACACGAUGCAUGCCUUGUGUUUACCUCUUGGGGCAUCCAUAUCGCUGCUGGUUAUGUUUUUUUUCUUCGAUUCCAUGCAAAUGCUAUUUGCUGUGUGCACUGCUAUAAUUGCCACCGUUGCAUUAGCAUUUCUGCUACUACCAAUGUGUCAGUACAUCAUUCGACCAUGCACGGACGGUAAUCGGAUAUCCUUUGGUGUUUGCGGGCGUUUUACUGCAGCAGAACUGUUCAGCUUCUCGCUAGCAGUGUCCAUCGUAUGCAUUUGGGUGCUAACGGGACACUGGUUGUUAAUGGAUGCGAUGGGAAUGGGCCUGUGCGUGGCGUUCAUUGCAUUCGUGCGUCUGCCUAGUUUGAAGGUUUCCACGCUGCUGCUGACUGGUCUCCUUAUCUACGACGUGUUUUGGGUCUUUUUUUCGUCCUACAUAUUCAGCACGAAUGUAAUGGUAAAAGUGGCCACGAGACCCGCAGACAAUCCGGUCGGCAUUGUAGCCCGCAAGUUUAACCUGGGCGGCAUCGUGAAGGAACCACCCAAGCUAAAUUUACCCGGAAAACUGGUAUUUCCUAGCAUUCACAAUAGUGGCCACUUUUCAAUGCUUGGUUUAGGCGAUAUCGUGAUGCCCGGUUUGUUGCUCUGCUUCGUGCUGCGAUACGAUGCUUACAAAAAGUCACAGACCACCCAAACGGCUGAAACUGGCGUUCCGCCGCCCAGAGGUGUUGGGUCCAGGCUUACCUAUUUUCAUUGUUCCUUACUAGGUUACUUUCUUGGAUUGUUAACCGCGACUGUCAGCUCAGAAGUAUUCAAAGCAGCGCAACCAGCGCUGCUGUAUCUCGUACCGUUUACACUACUACCUCUCCUAACGAUGGCUUACUUCAAAGGUGAUCUGCGACGAAUGUGGAGUGAACCUUUCAUCAUACAGCAAGCAUCAAAGCAGCUAGAAGUAUAAGUGCUAAGUACACCUACACACAUGCAUAACCACCAGGAACAGAGGAAUGUGUAUCCUGACAAACAGAGCUGAGCGGAGUAGUAAAAAAUGAACAAAACUUGCAAAAUAAGAAAGUGACAUUCACCUGGUAGGCAAGUUCAAUUAGGCUAAACAUUGAAAUUGUCACAGUGAGCUUGACCAGUGAAACAAUGUUGAACAAUAUGAAGAAAUGUUGGGCGGUUUAACGAGGGUUCCAGGACUCAUCGCAUCGGCCGAUCGAACAAAUUAGUACGCGUGCUGAAGGAGGACAUAAGGAAGUUCGAUGAAUAGGCACGGCACAGCUAGACAAGAAAGGAAAUGGAUUUUUCGUUUGAAUGUGACUAGGCAUUAGAUGUGAUAAUUAACAUGUGGGUGUGUGUGUGCGUGUGGAUGUGUGAAAAACGAGGCUUGAGGAAAAAGCCCACUGAUGAAAUUAGGCAUUGCAACUGUUGCUACUGUAAUCGCAUGCAAAAUAGGCUUACGAAUCAUCUCAUUUUACAUAAAUCGUCGUAUUUCCCUCACGAAAGCUAGAAGCAUAAUCCUUGCAUGGAUAUGAGCAUCGGUUGAUUUGUACAAUUUAUGAUUUUAGAUGUAUUCCACAUUUAUUCUUACUUCUGUUUUAUGUAUCAUCAUGCAAUCGCUGCGAUGUCGUUAUUGAACAGGGAUCGCAAAACUAUUUCAGUUAAUUAUGAUUUACAUAAGAGGACUGAAGUUGGCUUACUGAAUGACUCACAGGAAGGUAAACCGGCCUGCGGUUCCCGUGUACGAAAGAAGGAAGAUAAUAUUUGCAAUUGAAUCAUUAGUUUGUCUUGUAUAUGCAUUGAUUUGCAUGAUAAGAAAAAUUUUUUUUUUUUAAUUGACAGAAAAGAUAUAACACGAGCUGCUUAUCACAAUUGACUACGGGACAGUAUCAGACAUAACUGAGAGCAUAUUUGAAAAUUGUGAAAAGAAAAACCGUAAAGACCCAAAUUUGAUCCAACUAGAUGCCAGCACGGUUGAAAACGUUUUCCGGAAUCGUGUCCGUUCGUAAGAAACAGAGAAUGUAGAAAGUAAUAUCUGAGUUUUUGCACACUACUCAAUAAUAUGUUAAACAAUGCAAAUGGACGCGACACAUCUUAUGGUAUAUUUUCUACAAAGUAUUCGCUUCGUUUCACUCUCCACACCACCAUAUGUUUCAUUAUCCAUUCAAUCACCGUUAUCGUGGAGAUAUAGCCAUGAUUUCAGGAAUGUAAUGGAUUGCUAUAAGUGUUGUUUUGAUUCCUGUUUGCCGCGGAAAGGAACUUCGAUAUGAAUAAUGUGAUAAUUUUUUUUGUAUUUUAAUUUUAUACCUCCGUCUUUCUCGAAUAUAUUAUUUUAUGUGUUUAUUUUCUAUAAUCAAAAAUAAUGUUAGUAAUAGUGAAAAGAAUAUAACUUUUAAUUUUUUCAGAA